CAACCAAUUCGUAUCAUCAUCACCUUGUAUUGCUUAGCACUGUCUUCACUAGAGGGUACGAGGAGCAAAGUACACGAAAACCAUUCACCAAGAUUACUUGAUCUGUUGCCCAACCUACCAACGCGAACAUCUACAUCACCAAUUGUUUUCACGAUACAACUCGAAACUCUCUAACAAAUCAACUUGUAUCGCAAGAGAAAAAAAAACCCCCCAAUCAUUAUGUCUCAUCACGUAGCCCACAUACCGCCCGAGCUCUCGGAUCUACAUUGUUACACUGAGACAGAUGGCGUCAUCACAACCACAAUGUUCGAUAUCCCAGGAUACAAAGUCAUAAGAGUCCUCGGCACCGUAUACGGCCUUACAGUACGGUCGCGAAACAUUGCCGCAAGCUUAGGCAUGGUCCUCAAAAGUAUGGCGGGCGGCGAGUUGAGAUGGUUCACGAACAUGCUUUAUUCUGCACGGAAUGAUGCCAUCUCAAGGGCAGUAGCCGAGACGAAGAACCGCGGAGGCAACGCCAUCAUCUGUCUCCGUUUCGAAUCCGGCGACAUGGGCGGCUUUGCGCAGUGCUGCGCGUACGGAACCGCGGCUGUCAUUGAGAAGAUUGAUCCCGCGGUCGAGGCACCGCCGCAACUUGCGAAAUAAGGAUACCCGAGGGUUUGGAGCAUCGCAUGGUCAGCACGGGUAAAAUUGGAGAACCCGCGUGGAUCGCAAGUAUGAUCACGUCAUUGUUUGAUGCAUUGUUAGUUAGUACAGUAUUAGUGAUACCAGAGUGCUUUAGUCAAUAUUCAUAUUUUCCAAUCUGAA